GCCUGGAAUAGAGUUGUUAUGGUUGUAACGAGCCCCCCAGCACAAAAGUGCAAAUAUCUCUGUAUUUGCAGUGUUUCAAGCAGAAACACUGCACAUACCAACUCGUAGAACCAUGAUCACUUUAAAAGCAGAAGUUGAUAGUUGGAGUAACCCCUUUAAGUGACACAAGGGGAUAUUGUAUGGACAGAAUGUCAUUCUGAUGUCACAGACUCUCUGAUAUAAAAGUGUUUCCUUUCCUCUGAUGUAACUACACAUAAGUUACACACCCUCUGCAGCCGGUUGCAGAGAGGCAGAGAGUUGGAAGACUGCAAAGGCAGAAAGUAGUUAUUCCAGAGUUCUGACUUUUAGAAAAAGUAAUUGAUUCUCUUGCAUCCUUCUUCGAAGCUCCUGGAUUUAACCCUUGUUGGAACAAGGUGUGAGAACCAGCAGAAUGGAGUCUAAGAAGGUAGGUGAUCAAGCAGCAUUAUUAAGACAUCAGUCUGGUACAGACAGUUUACAAACAUAUGUGUUCAGGUACAGAUUGCUGCUUGGACAACUAGGCAACUUUUUGGAAGGGCUGGAGAUGACCAAAUGGUCCAUUAUGGUUCCAAUUACAUAGUCCUCAGCAAAGGCGGCAUCUUAAAAAUGAGUUCAGGUAAUUAGGAUCCAAACAUAGGAAAAUUACCACUGUAGAAGCAUUUUUUAGACACUACCUUUACAUGUGGAUGAAGUCUUAGUAUACAAAGGAAAAUGCAUGCUGAAAUAUCCAUGCUGUGGCUAUACCGGAGUUGGAGAAUUUUUCCAGAUCAACUGUUUUUUUUGCCUAAAUGUUAACAUUCAGAUAAAAAUUUUGCUACAAUACAGAGUUUGGGAAAUAAGCAUGGCAGAGAGUGAAGAACUGUUAGUUCCGAGAAAGGAAUGGUGCAUACAAUUGUAUACACAGUAGUGUAUAUGGAAGACGCAUGUUUGUCUUCACAAAAACAAACAGCUAUAACAUCAAACGAACCCAAUUGUUUCAUUGGUUGUAUAACAUUAACUUGUGAAACAUUUAACGGGUACGAAGGGUUAACUGGGCUUGGUAACAAGAAAUGACUAGAAUGUUAUCACUGUAUUACAGACUAAAAACUAAUAUUUGGUGGGCAGAUUAAAGAUCUAAAUAUACUGUUUUAGUAGGCUAAAACUCGUUUGUAACUAAAGUUGGUGGAGGAAGCAAAGGGAUGAGGAAUGAUGAUAAAGAGGCACAUGUUCAGUGUUGUUUAAAUGAAAUGACAAAUAAUGUCAUCUUCCCAAAGCUAGAAUUUUCAAUUAAAGAACUGGUAUACAAGAUACUUGUGAUAAUAUGGAAGCCCAAUGGAUUGUACCUCCUCUUAAAAAAAGAAAGUACAAAGCUAUUAAGAUGUAAUACUCAACUAUUAGAAUAUUGGAACUAGUAGUUUAAGGAAAGGGAACACAUUUUUGGUCAUGCUAACCUGCAGCUUCACAUCUCAAUUCGUUGAGCUGUGUAGCUUCGUGUUUUCGUAUCAAAUCACAACAGAAUCAGAUACCAUAAAUCUGCACUAACCUUCUUCUCUGACCCAACUCUGAGCUUCAUAAGAGAAUUGAUUUUCUUAGCUAAGGCAUCUGUCAGGACUCUUACAGAACUCUUACAGAGACUAGAAAGGUUCUCCAUCCCAAUUCCCAUUCCCUUUACAGGAGUCUACAUGGCUCACAAAUUACAGUGCUGAUAAACAGCAGUCAUUAAGAUAGGGAGAGUUCAGGAAUUAUUGUUCGUUCAAGUGUGCGGUUGCAAUAGCAGCCAACAAUGUCCUGUAAUGUCCUGUAAUACAGAUGCAUGUUUGGCUUUUUUUGCCAGAUAAUUUUAUAUACUUUAUGUUGACAUUAUGUCAACACAAUUUAUUUUUUAUAUUGCUCUGGCAUUUUAGAAGCCACAACUUAGAAACAGCUUCAUGCAAUGUAUUUGUCCGAUUGUCAUUUGUUUAGAUAUAAGAGCAUCAUGUGCACGAUCUAUUCCAGGGGUAGGCAACCUUUUAGCAGCACUGUGCCGAUAUAGGAUUGUGAUGUCCCGUAGCGUGCUGGUCCUAUUUUUUUUUUAAAUUGAGGGGUGUAUGCUGCCAUAUUCUGCUUGUGUUAUUUAUACUGUAAUUGCUUUGUAUUGUUGUAUUUGUGCGUAUAUAAGCUAUUAUAUUGUAGAUGUUUACAAGUAGUUUAUGGUAUUGUGUAUGAUACCUAUGAAUGCGUGCUGUGUAUGGGGGCUGCUUGUGGAAUUGUGUGGAUGGAUAUGUCACAUUGUGUGUUUAGUAGUGCGUGUAUGUGUGGGGGCUGUUUGGGGUAUUGCAUGUGAGAUUGUGUGCAUGAAUGUGGAUUGUUAGCGGGUUACGUUUGUGGAGAUUGUGUUUUGUGUUUGUGUGUGGGCUGUUUGUGUUAUUUGUAUGAGGGGAGACUUAUUCUGCAUUUCUGCGUAUAUCUAGCAGUGUGGGUGGCUUCCCUGGGUUCCAGUGGGGACCAGGCUGGCCAGGUACAGGUCAAGGACAGGACCUGCAACAGCAGCUGCAGGCUGCUCUACUACAGUGUGGAUUCCCAUUCACAAGUGCUGGGAGUAAGUGAUCUGAAAUAACUUACUCUAUGUGCUGCAAUGCAUAAAUUGAGGAUUGUCCUUCACCACCUUUUCGUAUUAGCAGAUAUCUGAAGUUUCACUGGGACUCCUGAUAGGCCAGAGCCUGUUUGGCUCUAGCAGCCUUGAGUGCCGUGCAAAGACACCUCGAGUGCCGUGCGUGGCACUAGUGCCGAAGGUUGCCUACCCCUGAUCUAUUCUAUACAUUUGCUUUGUAUGUUUCAAAGAUAUAUCACUCCCACAUUUUGAUUUCUCAAACACAACUGGAUAGUGGAGGGUUAAAUAGCACAACAUUAGUUUGGGUGUCACUAAAGCAUUACAUUUUAGGUAGGGCAGCUUCAGUAAGGCAACCGAGCAUUUAUUUACAGCCCAUUUACAUAGUUACAUAGUUACAUAGAUGAAAAGAGACAUGCAUCCAUGAAGUUAUUCUUUCUCAUAUCUUUUUUUUUUAACUGUUUAAAGCAUUUUCCAAUUUUGCAACAAACUAGGAAAUAAUUCCUUCUUGACCCCAGAAUGGCAGUCAAAUCUCUCCUUGGAUCGAGUAGCUACUACCCCACAUGUGAAAAACGACAUCCUUGAAUAAUAUGUUUUUGAAAGUAGGCAGAUAUUUAAACAUCUGUGAAGACUGAUAAAACCACCUCUUACUGUAAAAAAAACAAACAAAAAAACACCUUUCUUUUGCCUUGGAAUAAAUCUCUUUUCUUCCAGUCUAAAUGCCACGUGUCCUAUGUAUAGUUUUGCUUAUAAAUAGAUUUCCAGAUAAUGCUUUGCAUUGGCCCCGAAUAUAUUUGUAUAAUGCUAUCAUAUCUCCUUUGAGGCAUAAUUUUUCUAAACCAGACAAAUUUAAAUUUGUUAACUUUUCGUCAUAGCUAAAAUGUUCCUUUCCUUUUAUGUAGCCCCCUAAUUUUGUAGUCGCCUCUGCACUUUUUCUAGUGCCAUAAAAUCAUUCAUUAUAAGAGGUGCCCAUACUUGCACAACAUAUUCAAGGGGUGGUCUUACCAUUGAUUUAUAAAGAGGAAAUAUUUUAUUUUUAGCCUGAGAAUGAAUGCCCCUUUUUGUACAUGACAAUAUCUUACUGGCCUUAGCAACUGCUGAUUGACUUUGCCAGUUGUUGCCUAGGUUGUUGUCUAUAACAAUUCCCAAAUACUUCUCAUGUGUUGGAUAAAUUGGAAGUAGCAGCAUGUGUAAACUAUAAAGAUGUUGAAAGAACUUGAAAAUCAGAUAGGCUAACCUAUCAUAUAUAAAACAAAUAAAAAAUUUUAGGUAUGUUAUUGUCAAAAAAGAAGAGAAGAGCAAUGUUUGUUUAUUCAUAUCUGAAAUGGAAAGGUUGGUUAGCGAGGAUCAGGCAAUGACUUAAAUAAGUUAAACAUUUUGUGUUCUUCAGUAUGUAGCAAUGCAUAAUUAAUGUCUGAGGGUUGGUAUGUUAUGAAAUCCUUGCAGCAAAGGUAUUGAGCUAGCAAAGGAACACUUGCUAAAGCUAUUCAUUGGACACCAUGAACACAAAACAACUUUAGAUAGUUAAAUGGUUUUGGUGUAUAGAUUGUGCCCCUGCAAUCUUACUGCUAAAUUCUCUGCCAUUUAGGAUUUGAAUCACUUUGUUUAUACAGCCCUAGUCACACCUCCAUGCAUGGGACCUACACAGUCUUCCUACACAUUUCCUGUAAAGAGAGAUCUAAUGUUUGAAUCUCCCAGACUGUUUAAUAUAGAAUUUUAAUAACAUCUGCUCUGUUACUAGCCUGCUUUGUGUGAUUCAACGUUAAAUGAAUAGAGCAGGAGUUAAAAACGUCUAAAGUAAACACAGUUUGCUUUCAGAUCUAUUUGAAAAUGAAACCAUUUUAAUGCAGGUUUUUUGAGUAACAGCCAGGGGAGAUGGCUGAGAGUGAAAAUGAUUUCACUCCUAAAUGGGAGUGAAUUGAGUGUUAAGUUGAGGCAUGAUGUAUACACUAAAACUGCUUCAUUAAAUUAGAAUUUAUUUGGUGCUUUAAGUAUCCUUUUAAAAUUAAAUCCCUUGCUUCAAUUGUUGAGGUUAGGACUCUAUCAAAUAUUCUGUACUCUGCCCUUGGGUUUUUACAUCCAAGAUGCAUUAUCUUGUACUUAUCCACAUUAAAUGUCAGUUGCCACAACUCUGGCCAUUUGUUUAGUUUAAUAAAAAUCACACAAAAUGCUAAGGUUGUUCCCCUUUACAAGAGAAACUACCAAGCAAGCCGGUAAAAUGAUAAGCAGACACUAAUAUUAAAGGACCACUAUAGUGCCAGGUAAACAUACUCGUUUUCCUGGCACUAUAGUGCCCUGAGGGUGCCCCCACCCUCAGGGUCCCCCUCCCGCCCGGCUCUGGAAAGGGGAAAGGGAUAAAAACUUACCUUUUUCCAGCGCUGUGUGGAGAGCUCUCCUCCUUCUCUCCUCCUUCUCUCCUCCUCCGUUCCGCCCCGUCGGCUGAAUGCGCACGUGCGGCAAGAGCUGCGCGCGCAUUCAGCCGGUCGCAUAGGAAAGCAUUUACAAUGCUUUCUUAUGGACGCUGGCGUGCUCUCACUGUGAAAAUCACAGUGAGAAGCACGCAAGCGCCUCUAGUGGCUGUCAAUGAGACAGCCACUAGAGGAUUAGGGGGAAGGCUUAACCCAUUAAUAAACAUAGCAGUUUCUUUGAAACUGCUAUGUUUAUUAAAAAAUGGGUUAACCUUAGCUGGACCUGGCACCCAGACCACUUCAUUAAGCUGAAGUGGUCUGGGUGCCUAGAGUGGUCCUUUAAGCCUAAUACAUCUUAGAAUAUGGAGACCAACUGAUAGGAGAAAAGUGGACUCCAGUUGGACUCCAUAUUCUAAGAUGUAUUAGGCUUAAUAUUAGUGUCUGCUUAUCAUUUUAGCGGCUUGCUUGGUAGUUUAUCUUGUAAAGGGGAACAACCUUAGCAUUUUGUGUGAUUUUUAUUAUUUCUACAAUAAAGGGUUCAUGCCCAUACUUGGUGGAGCUGGUACCACCUACUCUGACCCAUUCCCCUAGCCCUAGAUUCAACGUUUUGGUUGAUCUACGAUUAAGGGGAAUUUCUCUGUUCUUUAUAUUUGGCAUUUGUUUAGUUUACCUAAAUCAUUUGCCAUUUGGCUUAUCCCUCCUGGAACAUCUGUUACAUAUCUUAGUAUCAUCAGCAAAAAGACAUGCCUUACAAUCAAGACCUUCUGCAAUAUCACUAAUAGAAAUAUUAGAGAGAAUGGGUCCAAGUACAGAUCCCUGAGGUACCCCACUGGUGACAAGCCCAUGCUUCGAAUAUACUCCAUUGACUACAACCCUCUGUUGCCUAUCACUCAGCCACUCCCUUAUCCAUUCAACAAUAUUGGAAUCCAAACUUAAAGAUUGCAGUUUAUUGAUAAACCUUCUAUGUGCAACAGUGUCAAAAGCCUUACUGAAAUCUAGGUAAGCAAUGUCUACUGCACCACCCUGAUAUAUUAUUUUAGUUACACAAUCAAAAAAAUCAAUAAGAAUAGUUUGGCAUGAUCUCCCUGAAGUUAACCCAUGUUGUCUCUGAUCUUAAAACCCAUGUGAUUUUAGAUGCUCAACAAUCCUAUCCUUUAACAUGGUUUCCAUCACUUUACCCACUACUAAAGUAAGGCUUACUGGCCUAUAGUUGCCCAACUCCUCUCUACUACCUUUCUUGUGAAAGGGCACAACAUUCGCUAACUUCCAACAAAAAAAUGUUUUGUCCCCUUUUUUUACUGACUGUGCUAUUUUCUCUUCUGUGUGUGAUUUGGAAGCUCUUAUAACUUGCUUAGCCUCUUUCUGCCUAAUCUUAUAGAUCUGUCUAUCUUCCUCACUCUGUUUAAAAAAAAAAAAAUAAGUACUAAACGCUAAAUUUUAGUUUUUGUUACUAUUUUUUCCACAUCUGCGGAGUACCACAGUGGUUUCUUGAAUUUUUUGCUUUUACUGACAAGCCUAAUGCAAUUUUAUGUUGCCUUCAGCAGUGCAACUUUUAAUUAAUCCCAUUUCGCUUGGACUCCAUUUAAAUUGCUCCAGUAUAUAAUAGGUUUCAAGCACAACGUGUGUAGUUACAAUGAAAAGAUAUACAGAUUAUACUAUUAACAUGAAUUUCUAAAGUUAGAUGAAAGUAGUAGGUGAAGUGCCGCAGGGUUAAUUUCUCUAGAAACAGUUUCUUAAAGUGGCACUCACCCCUUUGGGUAAUUGUAUAUUUUGCAAAGAUCCCCCAAGCCUUGUAUGGGGACACCUAAAAUAAGACGUGGAAAGGGAGGUCUACUUAUCUGAUCGCUUAUGGUGGGAUCAAUCUAUAUCAGACUAUAUGGUUUAUAUUUUCUCUGUAAUGGCACAAGUUGAUCUAAAACCAGUGUGAGAAUUGAGCAGAGACCCACCAAAGGGCAAGAUAGUUGAGUUGUAGGACCUAGACCUGAACUUGAAACACUCACAGGAAGUUCUUUUAUAAAGGAAAAAUAUAUAAUAAUGUAUCGACCUUGGAACUAGAUGGAUGCUCUCUGCUAGUGGAUAGCAGAACACCGUCCUAAUGCUCUAAUGAGACAGAGAGGGUAAUUUUUUUUAAACCCAUACAUACUAAUGAACCCUUAAUAGGGAACACAUGAUGUGGGCGGCAGCCUUGUAAAAAUUAACUUAAACUAUAUGUUGCCAGAUAGUAUUAUUUUCUAGUAAGUGUGAGGAACCAUUAUCCUGCUGCAGAAGAGGCAGUUUUUGGCCUGGGGAGAAAGCACAAAGUGUCCCUUUUGUGUUUAAAAGUCACAGAUCUCUUUGGAUGGUCCUACUGGGAGCUUGUGAUAAGUGGGUUUAACAGAUGAAGGAUGCUGAAGUCAUGACUUUUUUUUUCUGCAAGCUCUAUCAGUUUGGCCUGCAAAGUAUGAUGGAGCAGUCAUCGGGAACUGUGCAUGACUAAGAUUCACAGACUCUGCUUCCUACUGUGCCCAUUGCCACCAAUGACAACUGGUAUGUCUCUUUCACCCUAUGGUCACUUAUAAACACCUUCAGGGAUAUCAUGCAUACUCAUUAUGGUCCAACAAGCCAGUCAGCCCAAAUACAGUAGUCCGCUGUAAAGUAUUCCAGUAGACCAACGCUUCUGGAGAGCGUUGAGACUGAGGGUAAGCAGUCCAAGCACAAACCCAUACAGUUCCUGGAUAGCAAAAGCCCUACAAACUUAUUUCGUGCUGCCUCACUUAUGCAGAACAGCUCCAAAACACAUCCCAAUAGAAAUAAACAUAUACUUUUUUGUUUCUGUUGGUGAUUUUUUAGUGUUUGUGUAGGUCCUCCAGGUGAUUUGCUAGGUGGCUGACUCUACAUAUAAAUCUCAGCCCUCAUUUCACAGAAUCCUCUUGUUUUAGGGCAGGAUAACAUGCUCCCUGGCGUUUGCGGUGUCUAUUGCUACGAUUGGUUCGUUACAGUUUGGAUACAACACAGGAGUAAUCAACGCCCCCGAAAAGGUGAGAAUAAGGAAUGUACAACCAAAAAUUUACAUGUAGAAGUCCUUUAUGAAUGUAACAUGCAGCAUGCAUGUAAAUAUCAUGUGGACAUGACACAAAGAAACAUGCCUAGCCCUUUAUUAUGAAGGUAUAAAUAUAUAGGGUGAAUAUAAAUAUCAAGUCUGCAUAUUGAGAAUAAUACGCAGUGUGUGUGUCUGGGCAAAUGGCCUAUAAGGUGCAGUAUAAAUGUAAAAGUUAUGGAAGCAUACAGAGAUUAAUAUGAAAUGUACAUAUAUUUAUUAAGAUAUUACCACGUAUCUGUACAUUUAAAAAGUGUGUGUGUGUGUGUGUAUGUAGAGAUACUUGUUACUUUUAGAUAUGAUAAGCAACUGAAUGGCAGUUUUUUUAUGGGACAAAUUCUACUCCGUUACAAGAGAUAAACGUAUCUGAUCUAAUAGAAUUCAGCCCUUUAUAUGCAAUUUAAAUGUAAAAAAAAUAUGACUAUAAAAUGAAAGUGCACAUGUAAAUGCCAUUCAAACACUGAUCAGCCACAAUAUUAAAACCACCUGUCUAAUAUUGUGUAGGCCCCCCUCAUGCCGCCAAUACAGCUCUGAUGCAUCGAGGCAUGGACUUUACAAGACCUCUGAACGUGUCCUGUGGUAUCUGGCACCAAGUGAUUAGUAGCAGAUCCUACUGCCUAAUGCAUACAUACAUAAACACAUACUGCUUCAUACCUACAUCCUUACACACAUACUGCCUAAUACAUACAUUGUAAAUUGAAUACAUAAUUUAUCACUGUGAUAAAUGAUGUAUUUAAUGCACUUGGUGAAUUUAAUUUAUAAUAAGACUAGCACAGACGAGCAUACACACUUACUGACAAGCACACACACUGACAGAUGAGCACACACACAGACAGACAGACACACAGACGGACACUCUCUGACAUACAUACACUCACUGACAGACACACACACUCACUGACAGUCAAACACUCACACACUGACUGACACACACACUCACACAAUUUUAUUUUUUGAGGCCCAUCCAGCCUCCCUACUUCCCUGGGGUCCAGUGUAGGACAGCUCCUCACUCCUCCCACCCGCUGUUUAGUAUGCCAGGACCGGAAUGAUGUCAUAUUCCGACUCCCGGCAUCACAGACGCUGCACAAGGGAGGAAUGAGAAGCUGCAAAACAGCCUCCCUCGCUGCCCACAUAGCCACCGACGCUUGCCUGCCUUCUCCCCAUCUAGCAUUUAUUGUUAUUGAAAGGGCAGGCAGCUGCCAUCAAGGUCAGCAGCUGCCUGCUCUGCCUCCCUAGCAAGUACAGCUUUGAGGGUGCACAAAGGUGGCCAGAUGGCCACCUCCUGUUCCCCCUGUGACAGGGCUCCUCUUGGUGCUUCCACCGUCGGGCGCCUGGAGGAUUGGCCCGGCACUGGGGGGGAAGGGCGGCUCAAGAGCCGCUCGCUUAGUGCUGCGGCCCAAGAUAGGGGCAGCCCACCAGGAAACAUCCCGGUGGGCGCCCCCAGCAGGCUGGCACCCUAGGUGAAUACCUAAUAUGGUUGCGCCGGCCCUGUUUGGAACAGUGCAUUAUCCUGCUGAAAGAGCCCACUGCCAAUAGGGAACAAUAUUGCCAUGAAGGGGUGUGCGUGGUCUGUAACAAUCUCUAGGUAGGUGGGACAUGUCAAAGUAACAUCCACAUGAAUGCCAGGACACAAUGUUUCCUAGCAGAACAUUGCCCAGUGCACAACACUACACAGUCUGUAGCUAUGCAGCCUCAUAUGCAGAAAACUGGAAUGCAUUGUGUGUUCUGACCUUUCUAUCAUGGCCAGCAUCAUGUUUUUCAGCAAUAUGAGCUACAGUAGCUCUUCUGUGUGAUCGGACCAAACAGGCUAGUCUUUGCUCCCCAAAUGCAUCAAUAAGCCUUGUGCACCCAUGAUCCUUACUCCAGUUCACUGGUUGUCCUUCCUUGCACCACUUUUGGCAGGUACUUACCAUUGCAAACUAUGAACAUCUCACAAGACUUGUUGUUUCGUAGGUACUCUGACCCAGUCGUCUAGCCAUCACUAUUUGACCCUUUUCAAAGUCACUCACAUCUUUUGGCUUGCUCAUUUCUUCUGUUUCCAAAAUAUGAAAUUCAAGAACAGACUGUUCAUUGGCUGCCUAAUAUACCCCACCCCUUGACAGGUGCCAUUGUAAUGAUAUAAUCAAUGUUAUUCCCUUCAACUGCCAGUGGUUUUAAUGUUGUGGCUGAUCAGUGUAUGCCUAAAGAUUGAAAAGCAAUUGUGUAUUAUUUGAUUCAUUGAUUAGUGUCCAGUUUAAUUUAUUGAUCAGUGUUUUGUGCUAAAUGAUUACAGUAAAGCUUCAUUACUUAUCUAUGUUUUGUUGAGUUGUUUGAUAGUUUUGAUAGUUGAUUGAUCGUGGUUCUGUUUGAUUGAAUGUUUUUUUCAUCUCAGAUUAUCAAAUCAUUCUAUAACGAGACUUAUGAACGCCGAUACUCAAAGUUCAUAUCAGAUGGACUGCUCACAUCACUCUGGUCGCUGUCUGUUGCUAUUUUCUCUGUUGGGGGGAUGGUUGGCUCUCUCUCUGUUGGUUAUGUUGCAAAUCGAUUUGGCAGGUAAGGAAUUUCUUAAAUAACAUGCAGUCUGAAUGCUUAUAGGCUGGUGUUUCCUUAUAGAUCUUUAUACAGUUUAUCCAGAACAUAUGAACCAAACAAGCUUUUUUAGUGUGAGUGAGGAUCUUGACAAGCUAGGUUUAAGCAGAAUGUGGAAUUUCCAAUACAAUAUAAAAACUAAACAAACCUUUACAUCAUUGGUGUCACCUCCAAUCACCUUCUUGUGAGUAUUAAGGUCCAAUAUAAAAUAAAAUGGUAUGGGUCCACGAUAAAAAACAGACUUGAAGAUUUGUUUUGGACUGAACGCAAUUUGACUGAAUUUGGGCCAAUCGGGUGUUUGGAAGAAUUUCUGAAUUAUGAACCAAAAUAUACCCAAGCUACAAACUUAUCGAAAUACUCAAUGCUGAACAUGUUCGGCUGGGGAACUGUUGAAUUUCUCUCAUGGUGCCAAAAAAGAUAUGAUUAAAAGGAAACAAAGAUGACUGAUGCCUGCAGGACAGUCACUAAAUGUUGAUUUUAUUCACAGAUCAAAUAUUCAAGUGACCAAUAGAGGGGAAAAAUAUGUAUAUUUUAUAUAUUUAAUAAAUAUAUAGUAUAUAAAUAUAGAUUUUUUUUUUUUUUUACUGCUUCUCCUGUUUUCUCCUUUAUUUGUUACUUUUUUCUCGGUUGAUCUCUGAAUUAAAUGUCAAAUCUGGGAGCCAAAUGCUACUAUGAGUAAACUGCAAAAUAUAUACAUAUUAUAUUAUGUAUAUAUUUUGCAGCACACCGAUUGUACCAUUUUCACAUCUUUUGGUUUGAUCUUCUGAUUCUGUUCACAUCCGGCCAAGUGGAACCGACAUCUGGCCAAAAAAAAUCCAAAGCUUUCCAAUGGGAAGGCAUUGGUAGGCUAUUGCGCAUGCGUGGCACAAUGCCACUAUGUGCCAAUCAUCAUCCCCUUAUAGAUUUGCAUUAAAUCUAUACAUCUCUAUGGGUAAUUUUCAGCACCUCCAUGCUAAGUGUGGAGACUCUGUAAGACCCAGGAAGCACCUCUGGUGGCUGUCAGAGUGACAGCCACUACAGGUACUCCUAGGCAUCAAUGUUCCUUAAAAAUGCAAUGUUUACAUUAAAAAACCAUCAGGGACAGGCUGUAGACACCAGAACAACUACAUUUAUCUGUAGAUAUUACGGUGACUCUAGUGUCCUCCAUAAUUAACCCAUUGUAUAGGUAUACAGACUUCUUUCUCAGCAUACACAGAUCAAUCUAAAAUUAUAUCACUGAAUAUGUUCAGAGUAUGGCAUCUUUGUACAAAUACUUUGUCUUUAUAAUUUCUGUGUAUUCAACCAUGUUUCCUCAUGCUCUUUUUCCAGGAGGAACUCCAUGUUGUUGGUAAAUGUCACUGCCCUUUUGGGAGGAGCAUUCAUGGCCCUUUCCAAACUAGCCUGGUCCCCAGAGAUGCUGAUUAUUGGACGGUUUAUCAUUGGGGUAUUCUCUGGAUUUUGUACUGGUCUGGUGCCAAUGUACAUUGGAGAACUGGCACCCACCAGGUUACGUGGAGCUCUAGGCACUCUUAACCAGCUGGGCAUUGUGGUGGGAAUAUUGAUUGCACAGGUGAGUACCUGCUUAAUGGCAACUCUAUAGUCUGCUCUAGUAGCUCUUUCGCGCCCUCUAGAGUUACCUCUCUGGAACAGUGGAAGAAUGUAAUCUAAGCAGCCUUUUUUAACUUUGGAAGUAAGCAUGUGGUAUAUCGUAAAACACAUUUGUCACAAUAUAUGUAGAGAAAAAUCUGGAGACAGGUAUUCAUGAGAUGGACAAUUAUGUUAAGGAUUAUCUUUAUCUUGGUUUUGACUUCUUCUCAUCUCUCCCUUUUUCCAUGCAGAUUUUUGGACUUAGGUUUAUUUUGGGAUCUGAGCAAUUGUGGCCACUCUUAUUGGGCAUCACUUGCCUCCUGUCUAUAAUCCAAUGUGCACUUCUUCCAUUCUGUCCAGAGAGCCCUCGAUAUCUGCUCAUUAUUAAAGGCAAGACAGAGGAGGCCGAAGAAAGUGAGUAUAGAAACAACAAAUUACUGUUGUUACUAAUAGAAAAGUUGGGCAAAUUUCUACAGAAUGGAGCAAUCACCAUGGCGCUGGUGACUAAAUUAGUUUCCACUGUAACUGUCCAUUCUUUUGUAUUAGCAACACCGUCAUCAUAUAUGAUCACGACUCUCGUAAUUAAUAGCAAAAUAGCAGUCAGAUGUCUCCUUGGAUCAAGCAGUUAUUACCCUACUAAUUAGAAAUUAUAUCCAUGUAUUUUAUGGUUUUGCAAGUAUUUAUUCAAUUGCAGUCUAAACAUCUGUAUGGACUCUGAUAAAACCACCUCUUCAGGCAGAGAAUUCCAUAUCCUUAUUGCUCUUACUGUACAAAAAAACCUUUUCUUUGCCUUAGAUCAGGGGUUCUCAACCCAGUCCUCAGGACCCCCUACCAGUCCAGGAUUUGGGGAUUACCUGGGUGUGUCUCAGGUGUUUACAAAAAGGGAAAAAAACACCUUAGACUCUAAGGUGUUUUUUUUUCUUUUUCUAAACACCUUAGACACACCCAGGUAAUCCCUAAACCCUGGACUGGUAGGGGGUCCUGAGGACUAACGUUGAGAACCCCUGCCUUAGAUGAAAUCUCCUUUCUUCCAGCCUGAAUGUGUGACCUCAUGUCCUAUGUAUAGCCUUGUUUAUGAAUAGAUUUCCAGAUAAUGGUUUGUACUGGCCCCGAAUAUAUUUGUAUAAAGUUAUCAUAUCCCGUCUCAAGCCCUGUUUUUCCUGAUUUUAAUUUUUUAACCUUUCUUUGUAACUAAAAUGCUCCAUUCCUUUUAUCAAUUUUGUAGCUCGUCUCUGCACUUUUUCUAGUGCCAUGAUAUCCUUCUUUAGAACAGGUAGUAGAUUAUAUUCAGAUUAUUUUUCAAGAAUUACCUAGUAGAUUACAGCAGUGUAAAGAUAUAUGUAUUAUUAGCUAUUACUUAUCACUCAAAUUUGUAUGUUAUUGAUCUGAAGAAUUUUAUCAUGCUAACCUCAUUAUAUAACGUUCUAUAUCAUUUUAACUUUUAAUAUAUGCAAACGAUCAGAACAUGAAACAUUCCAGACAUACAAAAAUUGCUUGAUACUUAGACACAUUCUCUUUGGGAGGUCAAGGGUGUGUGCAUAUAUACACUUUUGAUCUUAACUAAAAGCUGUUUAAAACAUACAACAUAGACGACAUGAUGACUAUUUAAAAUAGUAUAAUGUGAAUUACACUGUAUUUUUUGUGUGUGUAUAUUUCCUUGUCUUGUAUUGUGUUUGUAUGCUAAUUGUAAGAAACAUUUUAUUAAAUAUUUAAGAGUAUGUGAAUACUUGAAACACAGGGAGUGAUGUUGUAUAAUUUUUAUAUGUGUCGUCAGUUCUAAAGAGGUUGCGUGGAACUCAUGAUGUGGUUAGUGACAUCAAUGAAAUGAAGGAAGAGGGUGAGAGAAUGGCUCAGGAGAAGCCGGUGUCCUUUGUGGAAUUAUUCCGUUCCAGGCAAUAUCGCCAGCCAAUAAUUAUCUCGAUUGUCCUCCAACUAUCACAGCAGCUGUCUGGAAUUAACGCUGUACGUAACCACUACUUCUUGGCCAACCAUGGCAGCAUUAACAAAUAGGUCGCCCCCCCCUCACAGCAGAUAGGACAGGAAAUCGUGUUUACUGUCCUCUAAAUAGCAUCAUCAUCCAAUAGAAACCUUUCAUGUGCCUCAGUAUAUCGGCUCCCGUAUUUAUCACUUGCUUGCAUGUUUAUGCUGCUAUGGUUAUAAAGAAAAAAUAUUCAUACUUACUGUCAUUUUAUUUUUUCUUAAUAAUAAAACUUUAUGUAUUCUUUCUUCUCUCUGUUUAUAUUAAAGGACAACUUUGGGCAACAUAAGGACUUUAUCACAAUGUCUGGAAGAGGUGCUUGUAGUCUUAACUUGGGGGGAUAAACCAUUUUUGAAUGAUGGUGAUUGGACAGCUGCGCAUACACAGCUGAUCUCCAAGGUGUCUCACUGACGCCUCCCUUAGUUAAGUAAAAUGCUACAAAACCUGUAAUCCAGUGUUGGGUCAGACUCCUCACAGCAGUCAGACUAUUGAAUCCAAUGGUUCUGUAUGAGAAAUGUUAGCUGACUGUGCGACGUGAAGUCGUUUGAAAUUGAAGGAUGUAAAGAAGUGGCUCUAUUGGACAACCAUCUGAAAGCCACUAGGGAAAAGUUCUCAGAAACGGCAAAAAAAAAAGCAGCAUACACGCACCAAAACCACUAUAUUAAGAUGUAGUGCCGGGGUGCCCAAAAGGUGGAUCCCCAGAUGUUUUAAAACUACAGCAUGCAAAGCAUCGUGGGAGUUGUAGUUCUACAACAUCUGGGGAUCUUCCUUUUGGGCAGUCCUGAUUGUAGUUGUUUGGUGCUUAGAGUAUCAGUUAAUGUUUUCUCUAUAUUCCUACUCUUUUCCUUUUACGUUAACAUGUGGUCUAUUCUUACUUUUCUCUUUACACUGACCUGAUCCCUUUAAAAAAAAUUUUUUUUUUUAAUGUAAACAAGUUAUCUCUCCCUCUGUUUUGACAAAUUGUAUAUGUGUUUCUUCUUCUUCUAUCCCUUUAAAUACUCUAAAUCCUAAUCCCAUGCCGUAUUCAUGUUGCCGUAGGUAUUCUACUAUUCCACCAGUAUAUUUGAAGAAGCUCGUAUUCCUCAACCAGUGUAUGCCACAAUUGGAGUCGGCAUAAUCAAUACUGUGUUUACUGUGGUGUCGGUGAGUGGGGUUUGUUUUACGAUCUGUGUGUAAGUUAUUCUAUCUUGGGACUGAAUGCCUACUCUUUUAAAGUUGUGUGAAAUAUCUGUCUGAAUCUAUUAAGAACUAACUUACUUUACCUGCCUGGCUGAUAUUCGUUGGGUAUAUUUAAAAAUAAUAACCGGCUAGUUGUUCAAAGUAUAGUAAGGGAGUUAACCACAACUCUUUAGACUUGGAUUUGACUGACAUAGAAUAAUUCAAAAAUGCAUUAUUUAAAAUAAAAAAUACAAAUGGAAAAAGCUCAACAGAGGUGCUGUAGUAGCCUGUCCACGUACUCACACCGUGAGUGGACUGGGCUUCUCUCUAGCCAGAGUUUUAUAGACCCCACACACAUAUGUUAAAUCCCAUUGAGAAAACCCCCCAGGAAAGAUAGAGAUAGGGGUGACUAGUGUCCAAUGCACAAAUGAUUUUGAACAAGGGAGGACAUCAAUAUGGGUCACAUUGUCAACUCUAGGGGUAGGCAACCUUUUGCACAUCUUCUCUGAUGCUUUCCCAGCAUUAUGACUGUAAGAGCAUUAUGGCAGAUGUAGUCCACAACAUCUGGAGUGCCGAAGGUUGUCUACUCCAUGUCUUCUAGGUGGUCCUAAGGUCCCCUAUUCUUUUCUUAGCCCUUUUUUCCUUCUAUAUUGUGUAGCUGCUUCAAGACGCAACUUCCAGACGAAAACAAAAGCAUCUGGUCUCCGCUGUAUUCCUUCCACCACUAUAAAAAGAUUUGAAACGGCAACUUGCAAAAUCGCAAUUACAGCACACUUUAUUUGUUUUUAAAUCUCUUUGUAAAUUGUAGCUCCCACCUUGAGAUCGCUAAAACGGAUAGUCGGACCACUUAAACUUGAAACUACAAAAAAAUCAAGUACAUGGUGUCAGGAUUACAGAAUGAUCCAGCACGUAGAAUUGUGUAACACAGAGGACUCAUGGGUAACGUAUACCGGACCUUAGAAUGGCCAGACUAACGUACCAAAGAAUAGUCAGGAAUAGCUGAGGUCAAGGGAAACAGAAAGAGACACAACGAUAAGGAAAAGCCAGGAGUCAGGGAUGCCAGAAAACAGGGAAGUCAAAAACAAUGCCAAAGUCAAAUAACCAGAAUUACCAGAAUCAAUAACGCGCUCUUAGACAACCAAAAGGGAAACCACGACAGGGCACUGAGCAGAAUGAGAACUGGGCCUAAAUACCCCUCCUCUAGAUCCGAUAGGCUGUAACCGGCCUUUGACCCCAAAGGCAGUUACCAGGUUUUUCCAUUUGCAUAAUUGCUGCUCAGCAUUAACCCUUCUGUGGAUUUGGUUGCUGCUCGGCACAACUUUUCCUGUGUGGACAGUAAAUGUCAUUAACCACAUUUUUAUAAGCCGAUGAAUAUGUGACACAUGGCGACCUUCACAGAUUCUCCCCCACUGCUCAUUCAAAAACUGCAUAAAUCCUUUAUUGUAAUCUUCACAUUAAUAUGAACUUUCCGCUGUAUGUCGAUUACAAGUUUUUAUUUUUAUGAACAGUGAAAGAUUUAUCCCGUUUUUGAACGAGUGGUGGUGGAGAAUCUAUGAAAAUUACUAUCUACUUGAUUUUUGGAGUUUCCUUCCAGUACUGCCUGCCAGGAUCCCUCAUUUGGGCCUUCAACCCCUAAAGUCCACGCUUGGGGUGCCCACGACCUGAACCUUCUUCAUCAUCGGACUCUUGUUUAACUAAAGUUUAUUCUGGUUAUUACACCAAUCAUUGAACAAUUGCGUCAAUCGCAAGAUAUUUGAUACAAAAAUUUGUAGUGCAGAAAUAUUUUGUCACAAUCAAAAUGUAGUAACAAUGAUCAUUUCGAAAAGUACACACUUUUGAAAGACUGGAAUUACACAAUUUCCUUUUUUCACAUACUAGCUGUCACAGAAAGGCAGUUAUCUGACGUGACUAAGUUAGAAAUGGGAAUAAAAAAGCCAAUCCACAGAAGCCGUGUGCGAUAUAGCAUUAUGAUGAAUUGGUUUUAUUUUAUCCCCCUUUGACUAUAAUAUCCCAAUUGAUUAAAGUGACUCUAACAUUGCUCUCUAGCAGCAAUCUUGUACAUGGUCCACAAUGACUGAGCUGUCAAAGCAAUAUGUGAACUAACAUACAAGGUCCCUUAACUCUUUGUGUGUCUUCAUAUCCAGUAAUGUGCCUGUCAGUGUACAUUAUGUAUUAAAUGGUAUGUAUAUAUUGUUUUUGCUGAAGCACACAGUACAGUAAGUGUCUACAUGUGCCUUUGUGUGUGCAGAUUAUGAUUACACAAGAUGUACAUUGUUGUCUAUGUGUAUACAAACUGUACAUUGGGUUUAUAUACAAAGGUUAAAAAUACAUGGGAUGUACAUUGCUCUAUAUGGGUAUGCACACUGUGUACUGGGCUUAUACAUGGAGGUUAUUAGUAGUUGGGAUGUAGAUUGUGUAUAUGGGUAUGCAGACUAUAUAUUGGAUUUAUAUAUGGAGAUUAUCAGUAUAUGGGACGUAGUUGCUGUAUAUGGGUAUUCAUUGUGUACUGGUUUUAUAUAUGGAGGUUAUUAGUAUAUGGGACAUAGUUGCUGUAUAUGGGUAUUCAUUGUGUACUGGUUUUAUAUAUGGAGGUUAUUAGUAUGGGGUAUGUAGUUGCUGUAUAUGGGUAUACAGACAGUGUACUGGGCUUAUAUAUGGAGGUUAUUAGUAUAUGGUAUGUAGUUGCUGUAUAUGGUAUACAGACUGUGUAAUAGGUUUAUAUAUGGAGGUUUUUAGUAUAUGGUAUGUAGUUGCUGUAUAUGGAUAUACAGACUGUGUAAUAGGUUUAUAUAUUGAGAUUAUUAGUAUAUGGGACGUAGUUGCUGUAUAUGGGUAUACAGACUGUGUACUAGGUUUAUAUAUGGAGGUUAUUAGUAUAUGGAACGUAGUUGUUGUAUAUGAAUAUACAGACUGUGUACUAGGUUUAUAUAUGGAGGUUAUUAAUAUAUGGUAUGUACAGACUAUGUACUAGGUUUAUAUAUGGAGAUUAUUAGUAUAUGGGAUGUAGUUGCUGUAUAUGGGUAUACAGACUGUGUAAUAGCUUUAUAUAUGGAGGUUAUUAGUAUAUGGUAUGUAGUUGCUGUAUAUGGAUAUACAGACUGUGUAAUAGGUUUAUAUAUGGAGAUUAUUAGUAUACGGGACGUAGUUGCUGUAUAUGGGUAUACAGACUGUGUACUAGGUUUAUAUAUGGAGAUUAUUAGUAUAUGGUAUGUAGUUGCUGUAUAUGGAUAUACAGACUGUGUACUGGGUUUAUAUGGAGGUUAUAAGUAUAUGGGACGUAGUUGCUGUAUAUGUGUAUACAGACUGUGUACUGGGCUUAUAUAUGGAGGUUAUAAGUAUAUGGGACGUAGUUGCUGUAUAUGUGUAUACAGACUGUGUACUGGGCUUAUAUAUGGAGGUAUAAGUAUAUGGGACGUAGUUGCUGUAUAUGUGUAUACAGACUGUGUACUGGGCUUAUAUAUGGAGGUAUAAGUAUAUGGGACGUAGUUGCUGUAUAUGGGUAUACAGACUGUGUAAUAGGUUUAUAUAUGGAGAUUAUUAGUAUAUGGUAUGUAGUUGCUGUAUAUGGGUAUACAGACUGUGUAAUAGGUUUAUAUAUGGAGGUUAUUAGUAUACGGGACAUAGUUGCUGUAUAUGGGUAUACAGACUGUGUACUAGGUUUAUAUAUGGAGGUUAUUAGUAUACGGAACGCAGUUGUUGUAUAUGGAUAUACAGCCUGUGUACUAGGUUUAUAUAUGGAGGUUAUUAAUAUAUGGUAUGUACAGACUAUGUACUAGGUUUAUAUAUGGAGAUUAUUAGUAUACGGGACAUAGUUGCUGUAUAUGGGUAUACAGACUGUUAACUGGGUUUAUACAUGGAGGUUAUUAGUAUAUGGGACAUAGUUGCUGUAUAUGGGUAUAUAGACUGUGUACUGUGUUUAUAUAUGGAGGUUAUUAGUAUACGGGACAUAGUUGCUGUAUAUGGGUAUACAGACUGUGUACUAGGUUUAUAUAUGGAGGUUAUUAGUAUACGGAACGCAGUUGUUGUAUAUGGAUAUACAGCCUGUGUACUAGGUUUAUAUAUGGAGGUUAUUAAUAUAUGGUAUGUACAGACUAUGUACUAGGUUUAUAUAUGGAGAUUAUUAGUAUACGGGACAUAGUUGCUGUAUAUGGGUAUACAGACUGUUAACUGGGUUUAUACAUGGAGGUUAUUAGUAUAUGGGACAUAGUUGCUGUAUAUGGGUAUAUAGACUGUGUACUGUGUUUAUAUAUGAAGGUUAUUAGUAUAUGGUAUGUAGUUGCUGUAUACGGAUAUACAGACUGUGUAAUAGCUUUAUGUGGCAAACCUAGCCACUUGGACAAUAUACAGAGACUAUGGCUUUAAGGGUUGCCUGUGUAGUUCUUGUAAUGUUAUAUGUUCCUGAGUGUAAUGUACUGUGACCGUAUGCUUGUAUUGCCUGUAUGGGCUAUCUGCCGAAAGCAGAUAGCUGGAUUUCCCUUUGUUUCACGAACAGCGCCUUUGCAGGCUGUUCGUGAACCAAAUGAACUAUCCUGCAAUAGCCCACACACUAAGAGACGUGUGGUGCUUGUUAACCAAUUGCAACAAUGUUGCAAUCGCUAAUUAGAGGCUCUCCUAGGUGGCCGUCGUUCGACUACCGACCACGCGGCGGUCGGCCAUCUUGGAUCCUUUGUUUCUCCAGCGGUGUUUGGUCGUCGAGCGCAUGGUACAAAAACCGGCUACUCGACGGCGCGAACACCGCUGGACUUCCAGGCCGUUCAGGAGUUCCGGGCCGUUCGGUAUUUUAUUCCCCGUAAGCCAAGUCUUUUGAAUGCAUGUUUUGAUGAAUAUGUUUUUCGUGUGGCGUUCGGUUGUUUUAGCUGGGAUCUGAGCAGUAAUCUCACGAAUUAUGCGCUCAGACCCCAGCUAUCUACCGAACAUCCAUUCGUGCAAAUCAACCCAAUAUUCGAAAAGUUAUGCAUUUUAAUAUAAAUUGCCGGUUCUGCUGCACGGAGGGAUAAUCCACUUAACUGUACAUUCCAGUGGGAGUGUCCCUCUCGUGCAGCAGUGCCUGAUGGGAGAAAUGCUCUGUACAUUAAGUUUCCCAUGUAGUCCACUCCUGUAAUGCCCCUGUGAUCUGACUCAGGAAACCCCUUGCAUGGGGAAUUGUAUAAAUUCUGGAGCCUGUGAAUAAAGCCUCAGUUGACUCUCAGAACUGUGUUUCGUCCGGUUACUGGGAGAUUUGGGAUAUUGCCUUACUUUUCAGCGCUUGACUGUGGAUUACCUUCUUAACCAGCAGAGAUCGUGGGAUUUAAUAUUGCCACUCCGCUACAGUUUAUAUAUGGAGGUUAUUAGUAUGUGGGACGUAGUUGCUGUAUAUGGGUAUACAGACUGUGUACUGGGUUUAUAUAUGGAGGUUAUAAGUAUAUGGGACGUAGUUGCUGUAUAUGUGUAUACAGACUGUGUACUGGGCUUAUAUAUGGAGGUAUAAGUAUAUGGGACGUAGUUGCUGUAUAUGUGUAUACAGACCGUGUACUGGGCUUAUAUAUGGAGGUAUAAGUAUAUGGGACAUAGUUGCUGUAUAUGGGUAUACAGACUGUAUACUGGGUUUAUAUAUGGAGGUUAUUAGUAUAUGGGAUGAAGUUGCUGUAUAUGUGUAUACAGACUGUGUACUGGGCUUAUAUGUGGAGGUAUAAGUAUAUGGGACGUAGUUGCUGUAUAUGUGUAUACAGACUGUGUACUGGGCUUAUAUAUGGAGGUAUAAGUAUAUGGGACAUAGUUGCUGUAUAUGGGUAUACAGACUGUAUACUGGGUUUAUAUAUGGAGGUUAUUAGUAUAUGGGAUGAAGUUGCUGUAUAUGGGUAUACAGACUGUGUACUAGGUUUAUAUAUGGAGGUUAUUAGUAUAUGGUAUGUAGUUGCUAUAUAUGGAUAUACAGUGUAUACUGGGUUUAUAUACGGAGGUUAUAAGUAUAUGGGAUGUAGUUGUUGUAUAUGAGUAUAUAGUCUGCAUGAUGAAUGUAGUUAUAAACAGCUAAUUAUUCUCUAUUCAUUUCAGUUGUUCCUGGUAGAACGGGCUGGUCGCCGCACUCUGCAUCUCAUAGGUCUUGGAGGAAUGGCUGUGUGUGCUGUCAUAAUGACAAUUGCUCUCAAACUUGGGGUAAGGUCAUUCAAUAAAGUAAGAUGUGUUCUCUGCUGCUGAACCCUUAUUUUAGCUCUAUUUAGUGAACCUGAAUCACCUUCAUUCUGCACCAUGGUUUCAAACAUGAAAUGUCUUUCUAACUGACUGCUCUGCAAGCCUUUACUCAUUUGCACUUUAUACACCCCGUACAACUAUUCCCUAUACAGCCUGCACCUUAUUUAAAUUCCUCUCCAUACAGCCUGCACCUUAUUUAAAUUCCUCUCCAUACAGCCUGCACCUCCUUUCUAUUCUUAUCUCUGCUGCCUGCACCCGCAUUCAGCUCUGCUGUGUACAACAUGCCAUCCUUUUUAAUUCAUUCCUUUCAAACUCUUAUUUAUGCAACCUGCACAAUCUUUUAAUAUUUAUUUAUCAAGCCGUUUUCCAUGCCUCUACUGCUUCCUCCACCCCCAGUGGUGGGAUGGAGGUAAUACAAGUAAGAGCACUAGUGGGUCUGCUCCUGAGCCCUGGUCCUAAUUACUUUAUGUCAAGCGUGUGCCCAAUUCCUGCAGACCUGAUAAUAUCCCUGACCCUCUGCUAAUUGAGACCAAGGAAUGCCGAUGUUUAAAUUAGACUUCAAUAAGCAGUUAGUAUAGCCUAUUUAAAAUACAAAAAAUAAAAAUAUUCUAACCAGGACGGGGUGGUCCAAAACAUAACGCAUCAAAGUCUGGUGCUAUCUUAAAAUAAGCAAAUAAUACUAAUGGGAAAAACAAGAUAAAACCAAACUGUGGCACAAUAAAAAAAAUAAUCCAGAUCCUUCAGACUUUUGGCAGGAAUACACAAGAAUAAAAGCUGUUUAAGUACCUUUUCUGGCUUGAAUAGUCUUUUUAAUAGACUAACACUGUAACCGAUAUGACUAGGCAAGUUGUGCAGGAGUCAGACUUGCCUGAGAAUGCACAGACAUUUGUUGGUUUUGGAAACCAAUCAGCCACAGCCCACUGAAGAUGUUAACUAUUUCAGACCUGAUGUUAACUAUUUCAGACCUGAUGUUAACUAUUUCAGACCUGAGGAUUGGGGAUCCCCUGGCUCUAUUGUAUGAGGGGAUUGAAGGUAUUUAUAGGGCGAGGGACUUAGGAACCCUGUGGGCCUUAAGCUGUAAGGACUGGAUAUUCUAGUCCAUUAUUAAUUAGCUAGAGGGCUUAGGGACCAAGAUUUGGAGAAAAGGGUAGGGGUCAUUAACUAGAUCCCAGCUCUGAUAACUUUUCCAUUUACCUCCUUGAUCACAUGGUGGAGAAAGAAGGGAAGCAAGGGAAGUGGUCUCACAUGGUUAAUAGUAAGGUAUCGGGAACAUAAAAAUUGUGAGAAGACUGGAACUACAGCUAGUUCUUGUCUUCCUACAAUUUUUAAUUGGAGUAUCCGUAUGAAUAUGGAGCAGCUUUAUGGUACUCCAUAGUCACCUUAGAUUUCACUGCGGGAAGCUGAAAACUAUGUAGAGUUGAAAAUGUUUUAUAUAUAAAGCAUUAAACAUGUAGGUCAUCUACUGCCUGGGAGUAUCUCUUUAUAUAGGGACAUAUUGAAAGAGAAAGGAGAUGGCAAACAGUAUAGAAACAUUCAAGCACAUUCAGGGCACAACUUGAAGAAAACCUUUCUAAGACAACAGCCAUUAUCUCGGAAUCUUUACAAAAUACUUUGGAAUUAUUUAAACAGAAUGCAAAAUGCUAUUAGUAGAACAUACUUUGCAUGAAACAGCACGAUAUCAAUAAAUAUUCUUAUCAUGUCUAUCCAUAACUAAUCUAGAGUUGGGUUUGGGAAGGUAGAUUCCCAAACCACCAGCAUAUAUUGAAAAAUAAGUCUUUAAGUCUAGUUCCCAUUCUCCUCUCAAUUAUCAAUUUUUUGACUAUGUACUCUUUACUGAUAAUCCUCCCAUUUUAUACUACUCACACAUAUGUCAAACCCCAACAUCUUACAUUCCUUUGUGUCUUUUACUCUUGGUCUUUGGCCUUCUGUCACCAUUUAUUCUUUCCUAACACUUUAUUUUAUUUUGGCAAAUAGGAGCAAAUCUUAGGAUGGAACUAUGUCAGCAUUGUGGCCAUCUUUGGAUUUGUGGCUCUGUUUGAAGUUGGUCCAGGACCCAUACCUUGGUUUAUUGUAGCUGAGCUUUUCAGUCAAGGUCCACGUCCGGCAGCCAUGGCUGUCUCUGGUUGCUCCAACUGGACGGCAAACUUUCUUGUGGGAAUGCUAUUCCCAUAUGCAGCGGUGAGUUGGGGACAGAGGUAACAGGGGUUGGGUGGGGAAAAGAGUGAGGGCAACUGAAAGAAUGAUAAGAAAUAGAAAGUGUCAAACAAAGAUGAAUAAAAUCAGAACAACUGAUUGGAUGAACCUUGGAAGACCGGUAAAGGAACAGUAAGAAAAUGUUAAUAGAAAUGAUAAAAUUGUGUAAUUACCACUAGGGAAGACACUGGUAGCAUAAAUAAAUAGACACGAGUCCUCUUGUGACUACUUUAUAGGCAGGUCAUGAGUACAGGCAGUUAAAAUUAAAAAAAAAAAAUGUGGACAAGCUGAGAUGUCUCUUUAUUUUUAUUGAUUUUGUUAUUUUGACUAAUAGUUCAGUUAAAGGACCACUAUAGGCACCCAGACCACUUCAGCUUAAUGUGAAGUGGUCUGGGUGCCUGGUCCAGUUAGGGUUAACCCUUUUUUUUAAUAAACAUAGUAGUUUCAGAGAAACUGCUAUGUUUACACUGAGGGUUAAUCCAGCCUCUAGAGCCUCUAGUGGCUGUCUCAUUGACAGCCGCUAGAGGCGCUUGCGUGCUUCUCACUGUGAAAAUCACAGUGAGAAAACGCCAACGUCCAUAGGAAAGCAUUGUAAAUGCUUUCCUAUGAACUGGCUGAAUGCGCGUGCGGCUCCUGCCGCGCAUGCGCAUUCAGCCGAUGACGUCGCUAGGAGGGAGGAGAGGAGGAGAAAAGCUCCCCGCCCGGCGCUGGAGAAAGGUAAGAUUUUAACCCCUUCCUCUCUCCAGAGGCCGGCGGGAGGGGGACCCUGAGAGUAUGUUUUCCUGGCACUAUAGUGGUCCUUUAAGGGAAACAAUAUUAAUUUAAAAUGUAUUUUUUUUUUGUUGUUGUUAUUUUAACAUCAUACUUUGUAAAUGAUCACAAUAACAUGGUGAAUUUAUAAGGAAAAUCAAAUAAAAAUUGUCAUGGGCUCUGUACAGACACUUAAUUUUUAAUAAAGUAAUUUUAGCAGCCUAAGGACAUCUUUACAGACCAUUGACAGGAACAUGCUAUUCUCAGAAAAAAACAACCCAUAGAUUACAAGUGAAAUAUCUUACAAAUAAUAGAGAAUAGGAUUAAAGUCAAUGUAGUUUUAAAAAUAAGGCUGAUCAGGUACUAAAUGGAAAGUACAUUGCAUUUAAAUAAAAUAUACAGGUUAGGCACAUCAACAAUUUUAUUGAAAAAACAAAAAUAAAGAAACAAAAAUGCACAAUAAGAUUUAAAAUAGAAAAUGAAAGACUCGUAGUUAUAAAGGGGAAUAUCUUAACCAAUUAUUUGUGAAUAAUUGCAGAUAAUAACUGUGUGUUUAAGCUUAAAAAAGUUAAACGGACUGUGCAAUUUUGUUCACUAUUUCUCCAGAUCACAUUAUAAAAAUCCAGAUAAAAAGCAAAAAGGUGGAAUGCAAAAUUAAUAAAAAUUUUAAAAAAUUAGCCAAUAGGAACGUUUUGAAUUUGAGUAAUUUUCACUGGAAGAGUUGUCCGUAAUAGCAUUACAAAAAAUAUGGCACCUAGCCAAUAAAAAAAAAUACCUUUGGUGAUAUGUUCAUUGACAGAAAUAUACAAAGGACACAAGGUCAUCAAAUGAGGCAAGAAAAAUUUAAUCUAGAGUCAGAUUCAAUAGUUACUAAAAAAAAGGAUAGAUACAUAUUGCAGAAAACAUAGUUAUAAUAAUUAAUAUGCAUGCUAUUAUAUAUAAUAAACAUUGAUACAGGGUGAAAUGCCAUUUUGGAGUCAAGAAGAAAUGAAUUAUCAUUUUUGAGACAUAAUAGAAAUUGGCUUUAAUGUGUGUGGUUUAUUUUGUUGUUUUUUUUUGCUUUCCUUUGGAUCAACAGCAGCAACAGAGAUCUGUAUGAAGGACCUAAUUUUAUUUAUUUUUUUGCUCAAAUAAACAUGUUAUUAUUACUUUUUAUGUAUGAGUGAGAGGAGAUAGGCAAAGCAUGAUAGAAUAUGGGGAUUUAAAAAAUCUGUACAAGUUGCUAAUUUUCUUUCCGCAUUCCCUGCAGAUUGGCUGUGGUCCUUAUGUGUUCCUAAUCUUUGUGGUUCUACUUAUUAUUUUCUUCAUCUUCACCUUCUUCAAAGUCCCAGAGACGAGGGGACGGACAUUCGAGGAGAUUGCAAAAGACUUUCAGAGCUCAAAAGAUGAUUCUAAGGCAAAGAGGGACAGUGUGGAACUAACAGGGGUUAAAGUACCCCAGAGUGGACCAGAGUAAGAAGGAGAAACAGUUAAAUAUCACCCCCCCCACCUCCCUCCCCCCCACCACCAUCUCUGAACUGCUGAACGUUUCAUUAUUCACUCCAACACUAAGUGGGCCGCAGAGGAUCUUAUGUGGCUACAGUCCUCCACACAGAAUUUAAGUUUUGAGAACAGUUUACAAUUCUUUGGGAUCAUCCAGGAGAGAGAAUGUGAACAAUUUUAGAGUACUUUGAGAUUAAUGAGAGAAAUAAUGUAUAGGUCUCUUUGAACAAGUGUAAGAUAAUGUGUUGUGUAUAGACAAAAGGGAACAAUGGACAGAUAUCUGGGAAAAGGUCAGAGAAGAUGGGGUGAUGUCUCUGGGGACAAGAUGGGGUGAUAUACUGGUUUCUGGGAAUAGGAGGAAGACAAUACGCAGGACUCAACAAGCAACGAGAAUAUGAUGUAUUGCACACUGAGAACAAAUAAAAGGCAAUGUAUGGGUCCAUGGGAACACAUGAGUAGGCCACUGGGAACAAAGGGAAAAUAAUUUAUUGCUCUUAGGAAAAAAAGAGGGGAAUUAUUAAAGGUUAAUUAGAAUAAAAUGUAGAUGACAUGCAAGCCACUGAAACUAGGGGGACUUUAUAUGAUUAUUUCUGCAUACAGGAGGAGGCAAUGUGCCCAAAUCUGGGUACAAUGUAGUUGAGGUUGUAUGAAGAAUAUAAUAUAGCCCCUGCGGACAAGGGUAGAGAGAUAAUGUGCAGGUCACUGUAAACAAUGGGUUAAUUAAUGUAAAGUUCAAUGGGAAUAAGGGACACUUAACAGAAAGGUCUCUACGAACAUGUGCGAGAUAACUUGUGGUCUAGGUUAAUAAAGUCCUUUUUGGUUGUUCUGUGAAAGAUAUGUAGUGUAGGUCUGUGAGGAAACAAAGAAACAUUACGUCAAAACAAAGUGAGAUAAUAUACAGGUCGCUGGGAACAAACUUAGAGAGCUAAUGUGCAGGUGCAGGAGAAAAUGGGAGACAGGUAACCCUGUAAACAAUAAGGGAUAAACCACAAGGCUGAAGAAACAUGAACAAGGCUGGAUAAAUCAUGUGCUGGUGUCUAUGGUGCAAUGUGUAGAUAUGGAAAAAAAUGUUAGACAAUGGACUUGUCUUCCGAAAGGAAAUGGGGUCAAUAGUUGAUUCUUUUGGAUGAAGGGAGAAUGCCCCAGUCUCUGAAAAUGGGAAGAACCAAGUGCAGAGUUUAGAGAGAUGACGUGGCAGUCCAUUGGAACAAGUUGGAAAUGAUGUGCAGUUCUCUGGAUACAAGUCAUUACCAGAUGCUUGGGGGCAAGGGGAAAACAACUUGCAUUAUGGGAAGCUUCUCAUAGUGUUCUUUUCCAAAAAUUGAUGCAAAAAUGUGAAAGAGGAGAAAGUCACCAAUGGAAUGUGCAGCUGGUCUCACUAGUUUCCAUGGUGCCUGCCCCACAUUUAGUACUUUAGAACAGGUUUUAGAACGGAAACUUUGAUAAAUACCCCCUAAUAUUAUCAGGUAAGGAGAGUGACUGGUAAAAUUUUCAGGGCAUUAAAGAGAAAGUGCAGUUUUUCUGGCUCUCAGGGUAAAUGGGCAUUUUUCAAUAUUCUCAGGCAAAAGAUACAGAUUCUCAGGAUCAUUCCAUCUAGGGGCUGGCUAGCUUUUACUCUGGAACAAUUUGAUUAUAUUUAAUUACAUUUUAACAUAUCUGAUUUGUAUAUUUUUCUAAUUUGUGAUUUUUAUGGUAUGUUACAGACAUUAUAUUAUUAUUAUAUACAUUAAAGUAAUGUUUUGUAAAGUGAAUAUUUUCACGAAGACCAGUAUUAGGAGUAGUUGGGUGGCCCACUUGGCAACUAUUUUUGGUAUGGUAAUAUUUUGAAGAAUCUCUUGGUAGACUGAUUUUAAAUGUUUACAGAUAUAAAGCCUCAGAAAUUAGAAGAGGUAGGGGUGAUACUGUUUCUAGAAAUAUACGCUUAACAUAUUAGUGGGUUAGGACUGUGAUGUUAGUCUCUGAUCUUAACCUGCUAACCACAUUCUUGUCAACCUGCAAUAGCUGAAUUGAAUGAUGAUAGUGGGAGUAAAAUCAUGAACGGGUAUUUGUAAUGAUUUUACCUUUACUCCUAACACUGGAACCGAUGUGGUGAAUGAAAGAAGGCACAAUACGUAAUAAUCACUCAUACUCUGAAGAAGAAAAUCCCUUAACAUAUUCACUGUGUUUGUACAGUAUGUAUGAAUUUUUGUUAUAAAACUAUAUAAAUUAAAUCUAAAAUUAUAGUGACGUGUGGUUGC